AUGGAACAGCUCGAAGAGCUUGUAAAUCAUACUUUGAAUGAGUUACGUAUAUUCUUUCAAAUUCAAAACGGGAAAGCGUCGCCCAACGAUUUAGACAAAUCGGGCACGCCGCUAUCAGAGGCUGUUUGUAGGUGGCUAAUUUUUGCGUUUGACAACGAGUUCAUCAAAUUAUUGAAAGCACGCAGCUACUCUAAGAAACAAAGACUGGCUAAGUGCCAACAUGCGAUCGGAACAUUUCGCACAUUUAUCGAACAUGCCAAUUCCAUCGGUUUGAGUACAUCAAACAUCUUGGAAUCUCUCAUCGAGACCCGAUUUUCGUUGCCUGAAGAUUUCGAUGAAGGAGACUUUACAAGACUCCAGUAG